UCGUUCGCAUGGAUUACGCGGCACGAUUGGUAGGCCGUGUUGCCUCUCUUCGCGCGCUAUGCGCAGCGGUCGUAAGAUCGCUCACAAAUGGCGCCAAAACGGCAAUUCGCGACGGAGAUCACGCGACGGAGAAGCUCGCUCUCCGGACAUCGAUUCCUCUUGCAAUUCCUUUGGUGUCCUCUGGCCUGGACGUGACACGGAGGGUUGUAUUCGCGCGGGUUCGCGUCGGCGUGAGAGAUGGCUUCCGCCAGAAAUCUGAGGAGGUCCACGCGGGUUAAAGCUCACGUGAAAUACGCGGAGGACAGCAACGAGGAAGCACCCGAGGACACUCCGCGAGGCAACGCACUGAAUGCUGAGGUAGAAAAGCAGCUUGAGGAUGUCGAAGAGGAUGUGCAGAAACCACAUGAAUUAUUCUCCGAGAAGGACGUGUGCGGAAGGAAAUUGUACGGAUUUCAAACGCCAACAAAGAGGAACAGCAUGAUGCUUAAAGCCAAUCAGUGCCGUACACCCGAGACCCCGAAAAGUCUCAAGGCAUUUCCAGUCUUAAAAAUCGUUCUCGAUAAGAUUGUAAAGAUAAAACCUGAGAGUCAAGCGAGCAGCAAGGAUACCAAAGUGUCUCGAAAACGAUAUAUGCCCAGUGUGAAUUCAAGUGGAGACGAGAGCGUGUCAGAAGACAGUGAAUAUGUACCGUCGAACAACGAAGUCAGUUCAGAGUCUGACGAAACUACCGAUAAAAGUGAGGACAGCGAGAGUUCUGACGCGAACACGAAAAACGACGCUAGACGGGCAAUUAAGCAAAAAGUAUUGAAAUCUUUGCCAAGACGCGAGGUGCAAAGUACACCUAGGAAAGCGGGAAGAGGCCGUAAAACCGUCGCUUACAGAGAUUAUCACAUAAAAACCGACGAAUAUUUUGAAUCUCAAUCGGAAAAGACGGUUACAUCUGACCGUACGUUAGGAAGACUCAGGAACGCUCGUCUUACUGAAGAGACGCUGGACGAAUUAUUAACGAAUCAAAGUCAUAUCUCUGCGUUACAUAAGAAACGUAUUUGCUCAUUGACAGAGAACUCUAGAUCUUUCUUUCCUAUGUGGCAAUUCAUAUUGGAAGAAGGUUACAGUCUGCUACUUCACGGAGUGGGCUCAAAGAUGAAUUUAAUGAACGAUUUCCACAACGAUAUAGCGGAUCAUCCAACCUUGGUUGUAAAUGGAUUUUUUCCCAGCUUAACGUUAAAAGAUAUACUCGAUAACAUAAUAACGGAAUUAUUGGAUGUAGAUUGUCCAACAAACCCAAAUGAUUGUUUAGAACUUAUCGAGACAGUCAUGAAAGAUAAUCCGGAUGAUCGGCUUUACCUAAUAAUCCACAAUAUAGACGGCAUAAUGCUGCGUUCGGGUAAAGUUCAAAAUGCUCUCGCCAGUUUAGCAGCCGUUCCGAAUAUCCAUGUCGUAGCGUCUGUCGAUCACGUAAACGCGCCGCUCCUUUGGGACCACGUAAAACGCGCAAAGUUUAAUUUCUAUUGGUGGGACGCUACGACCUUAUUGCCGUACCGAGCGGAAACUUCGUACGAAAGUUCCCUGUUGGUUCAACAAAGCAGUGGACUCGUGUUGUCUUCCCUCCAGAAUGUCUUCCUGUCUCUCACCUCAAACGCCCGAACGAUUUACCUGAUCCUCGUCAAGUAUCAAUUGAGCAACAGCAGUCACAAUUUCGCAGGGAUGCUGUUCAAGGAUCUGUAUCGAGCAGCGCGCGAACAGUUUCUGGUCAGCUCCGACUUGGCAUUAAGGGCACAGUUAACUGAAUUUAUUGAUCAUAAAUUACUGCGAACUAAACGCACAGUUGACGGCGCUGAACAUCUGUCGAUACCCCUCGACAAGACUCUCCUUAAACAGUUUAUGGAGCAGCACGGAUCGUAAUUUGUUUGAUGAACUUAAUAAAGUAUGUAUUUUUGUAAAAUAGUCGAUAAUAAGAAACAAUAAGAAACUAAUAGUUUAAUGACUACAUUAAACUGUUAAUUCCUUUAUUACAUAUCGCUAA